AUGUGCCAGGAGGAAGCUACCCCUGUCGAGCCCGAGGCACCCAAGGGCCCGCGCCCCGGUCGCAAGAAGGACAAUCGCCCGCCGAAAUCCGUCGCUCCACCGAUGAACACGGAGGACAUGACUGUGGCCAUCAAGGCGAUGUUGCGUGGUCCGACGCCCAAGAGCCAGGUGCCCGUGCACGCGGCCUACGAUCCGGGUGCAAUCCCCAUGGCCUACACCGCACCAUGGUUCGGCGCUGCAAGCCUUCGCCAGACGGGAACGGUAAAGAAGCUCGUGGAAGGCAAGGGCUUCGGCUUCGUCGAGGCCGAUGAAUACGUGGCGUGCUUUGGCGACAUCUUCUUGCAUUUCUCGGACAUGAGGCAUGGGAGCAGUGCGGCCGGAGCUCUACAAGUGGGUUCGCGCGUGAGCUUCCAGACCGAGAUCGAUUUCCUGUCAGGGCGCGGACGCGCCCGUGACAUUCUCCCCGUGACCGAUGAGGUCACUGCCGCUAUGAAAGCUCAAGGAGUCCAAGAUACCUGGGUUGAGAUGCACAGCACUACCUACUCGAAGUCGCAGCUCCUGUCGGUGUUCAACACGAUGCGUGCCAAAGACAACCGGCGGAGGACCUGGAAGUCAAGCGCUCAGCGCAAGCUUGGGAUUCGCACGUUGAAGUGGAGCCCCGACCUGAGCGACGACGAGGAUGGUGAGGAUGAUACUCAGCCACGGAACUUGGACGACUGCGACUUGCUUGCACAGCUUGAGACUCGGCUCUCCAGGGAGUCUGGGGCAGAUGCCAAGAAUGCUGAAACUUUCGGCGCCGGCUGUGACAGCGGAUGGAGCUUUGAGGAGGCUGUGAAAGCGAAUGUUUUGCUUCGUGAGAAGUCAAGGUUCCUGGUUCCCUGGGAGCACACGAAGCCGGAGGACACGCCUCCCAAAGCCGGUCCCAUGCAGGAGGUGGAGGCACACUCCACCACAACGGCAUCUACUCCCACGGAACCGACCUCUCCUGACUCGAGCAUGAGCUUGCAAGCACGGAUGGAUUAUCUUGGCACUGAGUGGAUCAUGCAAGGUUCGGAGCGAGUUCCACUGAAAUGCCAAUAA